ACUGAGUGUCAGACACAGGCUGCAGAGCAGUCCAGCAGCUCCACUGUCCACGUGCCAAACUCCUUUUUUACUCCACCAAAUAUUAAACCCUGGAUUUAUUCUUCACAGCGCUUUCCCCCCACAGUUGGCCUCAUGUCGUCGUCAUAUGCUGCUGCUAUAUCAGCCCUCCUCACAGCCAGCUCCUCACCGGUCAGUCCCAGCCCUCAACUCUCCCGAGGCACAGCGGGGAGUCGGCCCUACAGACCUCAGUCACCAGAUCCUUUAGGAUCAUAUGAGGAACAACAGGAGGAUCCUGCAGACUAUGACACGGGUGGUUAUUACCUUGUGGAGAUUGGAGAGAUUUUUGUUGACCGUUAUCAAGUAGUGAAAAAGUUGGGAUGGGGUCACUUCUCGACUGUGUGGCUUGGCUGGGAUAUGGCGAAAGGGCGUUUUGUGGCUCUGAAGAUGGUGAAGAGCGCUAAAACAUUCACAGACACAGCACUGGACGAGAUCAAGCUUCUGAAAUGUGUCAGGGACAGUGACCCCAAAGACCCUCAACGAGAAAGAAUUGUGCAGCUCAUUGAUGACUUCAGGAUCUGUGGAGCCAAAGGAGAACAUGUAUGCAUGGUUCUGGAGGUUCUUGGUCACCAGCUGCUGAGCUGGAUAAUCAAAUCCAACUACACUGGCCUCCCCCUGCCCUGCAUUAAGAGCAUCAUCCGACAGAUUCUGCAAGGUUUAGAUUACUUGCACACUAAAUGCAAGAUAAUCCACACUGACAUCAAGCCAGAAAACAUCCUCUUGAGGGUGGAUGAGCUUUAUCUACAGAAACUGGCUGCCACUCACAAUAUCUGGCAACUGCCAGUGUCUCCAACUACCUCCUCAGUACACAGGGGCUGCAGAGAAAAGAAGAGUUCGUCCAACUUCUGGGGGAAGCUGACUGGAGUUUUUCACACUUUCGGGGAGUGGUCCAGCAAGAUCUCCAGGAGCCCAAUGAACCCACUGAUGAAGAAAGACAGGCCUCAUCGAGGGAGAGAGACCACACCAGAGCACAAACACACACAGUCUCACCUCACGGGCGCUAAUCUCACGUUAAGGAGGCGGACCCUGCUGUUAGAGGACAGACUGGACCACAGAGACUCCAUCUGCUCAUGGCCCGACCUUGAUACAGAUGCACCUGUCUCUCACUCUAGAUCAGUGUUAUUAAAUCAUACUGCACAGUUACCAGCAUCAUCAUCAUCAUCAUCUCCCAGUGGUCUCAGUGGUUUGGAUGUUCCUUUGGACUUACUGAAUCCAGAGAACGCUGAUAACAUCAAGAUCAAGAUUGCUGACCUGGGCAAUGCCUGCUGGGUGCAUAAACACUUCACUGAAGACAUCCAGACUUGUCAGUACCGCUCUGUGGAAGUCUUGAUUGGUGCUGAUUAUGACACACCAGCUGACAUCUGGAGCGCUGCCUGCAUGGCGUUUGAGCUGGCGACUGGGGACUAUUUGUUUGAUCCCCAGUCGGGAGCCACAUUCUCCAGAGAGGAAGAUCACAUUGCCCACAUUAUUGAGCUGCUGGGACCCCUGCCUUUGCAGUUUGCUUUAUCAGGGAGAAACUCCAAACAAUACUUAAACCAAAAAGGACAAUUACGACACAUCUCAAAGCUCAAGCCAUGGAGCUUAUCUGAAAUCCUACAAGAUAAGUAUGAGUGGCCACGGGAGGAAGCUGCCAGGUUCAGCUCUUUCCUCUUGACUAUGUUGGAACUGCUACCAGAGGAAAGAGCCACAGCUGCUCAGUGUCUUAAACACCCAUGGAUCAGCUUGUAGACAGUCUCUGUAGAUUCUAGCUCUCUGUUCAGUGUUAGACUCAGGUCUGGGUCAUACUUUUUACACCUACAUACCUGCAAAGGUCUGUUGUGGUCUGUGUGACGUACAUGUCAUUGUCUCCUGCUGUUGUUAUCCACCUAUGUCUGCAGUGGUGCAUGGUGACCCUUUGUGGAUGGACCCCAGGGACUGUACACACUCAGUGCACAUGCUCCCUUUUGCACUACACUUCCCAGUCCAGUUGGUGGUAACUCUUGAUUUUGUAAAAAGACACUGAGAUCUGCACCAGACAGCACAGAAUAGCUUUGUUCACUGUGGUGAGAUAAACAGUGAUUGGAUAAAUUCGGCAAAAUUCUCAUUUCCAAGGAAGCUCCGCGUCUCUGGGAGUCACUGGAGCAGUGGGUGGGUGUGGAACCUUUUCUGUCUCAGUCCCAUGUGGAUUUUGUAGUUGAAGUCAUGAAUCAAAGAGCAAACCUCAGUGAUAUAGACCAUGUCUGAUUGUACAUAUUAUACACUGUAAAUAAAAGCACUACAGUUUUA